AGAAAGGGUAGGAGCAGUUUGUAGCACACUGAAUCUACUCAGGAUUUCAGCUCAGGGGGGGGGGGGGACUCCUCAGGGUGCUUAGCGAGGCACACAGUGGAGAGAAGUUAAGGGAGGAAAGGAAUGAGAGAGGAGAGAGAGGGAGCAUGCUGCAGAAGUGGGCUACUCCUGCUACCCUGGAUUGUGCUGGGUGCCGGCAGGCUUGCUUUUGCAGGGAAAUGAUUCCACAUGAAGUGCGACGCACUCGGCCCCCUGUCGUCCUCGGCGGCAGCACUAGCAGGUGUGAUGUCGUGAGUCUCUCCCCUACCACACUGAGCUCACCCUUCAGCCACUGAAGACCCCUGGACCAAAGACUGCCCUACCCCUGCCCCCUUACCGCCUCCCUCUCAAUAACCUUCAUCUCCAUCUUUAAUCCUUUCUCACCUGCUUGUUAGGGCCUGGAUUUUCUUUGAGAUCUGAAAAGACCUGAUUCAAAGACCUUGACUGUACUGGAUAGAGGGUGAAAUAGAAGAAAAAAACAUUGGCACAGUUAAUUCAUAGUAAAUCAGAUUGACAUACAAGAAAGACCAGCAAAAGUGAGAAAAGGAGACAAGGAAAGUAAAACAGAAAGGCACCAAAAAUAGAGAAAAGGCUAUAGAAGUGCAAAAGUUAAGGAAAGAUUAAGAAAGCACAGUUGAGGGAAGUCAGCAUGAAGUCCAACCAGGAACGCAGUAAUGAGUGUUUGCCCCCAAAGAAGAGGGAGCUGCCCUCUAGUACAUUAGCAUCUGAAAAUCGCUCACCCACAAUACCACCUGCCAGUGACAGCCAGCGCUCAGAGAACUUGGCGUGGCUUGCCAGUGUGGCUGGUGGGAAUGAAAGUGGUGUGGGUGGACACAGUAGCUCCAGUCAAUCUGAUGGAGCCCAGUAUAAAUCCUUCUUCUCUACAUCAGACUCUUCAUCCUCUUCUUCAUCACUGAGGCUAGUCUCAUCUCUUCCAACAGUGUACACAUCCCCCCUGUCACAGACCACAGUUGGAGGAACUGUCCAUUACGCCCAACUGCCUCCCAACCUGCAGUUCAUAGCCUCACCCUACCCCACCCCAUAUGCAGGCUACAUCUCCCCUCAACUGCUUCCACCUCCUCCCCCACCUCCACCCCUUUCCUCUUCCUCCUCCUCUUUCGCCACGCAGAGAUCAUCACAUAUGGAGACGGUCCUUGCUCCUUCACAGGCCUCCAAACAUGACCAGCAGAGAGCAUGCAUAGGGCGUACCUCCAUGCCUCCUCCCCCCACAGAUCCUGCCCCUCACCACGCUCAAAUGUCGACCUCCCCAAGGACUGUUCCGUCGCAUCAUUACCAAGGAGGUGUUCAUCUUUCUCCCGGUGCUGUGCACGCCCACCACUCUUUGGGACAUGGCUUGUCCCAGGUUGUGGUGCAGUAUAUGGACGGGCCUGCAAGGAAAGAGGAAGGUGGCUCCAGACCCAGAGAGCUUCACAACGGAGAGCUGGAAAGGGGUCGGCGGUUUGGAGCGUCCCCCGAGUCCGGCCUCUCCAAAUCGGGGAGCAGAUCACGGGAGUCCGCCUCUUCUUUGACCUCCUACGAGGCCCACCAGCUGGUUCUACCAUCAGACUACUCUCCUCAUGAUCCCUCAGGGUUGAGAACAUCCGUUAUGCUAAUGCCCAACAGCCACGUAGACCACCAGCUGGUAUCGUCAAGACCCAGCCCAGAUAAACGUUUUACCUCGGCCCCUGCACAUCUGGAGAAAGGGGGCAUCCUUCUGGGCAAACCUGUUCAUCGAACGCCAACCCCCUCCAGCACCACCUCCUCUUUUACGUUUCCAACGCCAUUGAGUGUCAACAGUCUUAAAGCUGCUGCCAGCACUCUGUCACCCCAGACCGUUAUUCAGACUACUCACAGUGCUACAGAGUCUCUAUCCAUGGGCCUUUCCGCCACUAGUAUCUACCCACAGCCACCCAUCAUUGGUUACAUUGCAGGGAGCAGUGGGGGCCAGCAUACACCAAUUAGCUACCACACCAGCCUACAACAACACUUACUCAUUCCUGGCGCCCAACCGGUGAUUAUCCCUGUAAGUGGGGGUGGAGUUACCACAUUGGAACCAGUAACAUCAUCCACCCAGGCUGCACCGUUUCCCACCACACUCCCACACACUUACAUUGCCGCCACUGCUCCCAAAGGAGAAACUCUGGAAACCCACAGUGGCUCGUACCACCAAGCCGCUUCAGGUGCAGUGGUCCAAGCCCAGCUUCACCUUCCCCUUGUUCCCGCAUCGCCGGGGCUGGCUGCUCCUUCAGCUCCUCCUCAAACAUCGAGUACAGCGGCGCCCCCAUCACUGCCCCCGUAUUUCAUCAAGGGUUCCAUCAUCCAGCUGGCUGAUGGGGAACUUAAACGUGUGGAGGAUCUGAAGACCGAGGACUUCAUCCAGAGCGCCGAGAUCAGCAGUGACCUGAAGAUCGACUCGUCCACGGUGGAGCGCAUCGAAGGGAGCCACUCCUCAUCCAACUUUGCUGUGGUUCAGUUUUCUGUUGGUGAGCACCGUGCACAGGUGAGUGUGGAGGUCUUGGUGGAGUACCCCUUCUUCGUCUUUGGCCAAGGCUGGUCCUCAUGCUGCCCCGACCGGACCACCCAGCUCCUUGAGCUUCCCUGCACCAAGCUUUCUGUGGGCGAUGUUUGUAUUUCACUCACACUCAAGAACCUGAGGAACGGAUCUCUAAAGAAGACUCAACCCGUGGAGCUGCCCCCACCUGCCUCCGUCCUGGCCUCUAGCCACGGGCACCUCAAACCCCACCGAGCUGGAUCAGACGCUCCCCAAAGCUGCAGUGGAGGAAGCUUCAGGCACUGCGAGCGGGAGAACGGCAUCAGCCAGAGGGGGAAAGGUGGAAGUGGAAAUGGCAAUGGGAGAGUUGGGGGCAAGAAUGUGGAAAAUGGUGAUCUUAAGGCAGAAGCCGGCCCUAGUAAACCUUCAGGAAGCAGGAAAAGGAGAUGGUCUGCCCCUGAAGGUCGAAAAGUCGAAAAAACUGAGGAGGAACCACCUUUGACCCUGCCCAAACCUUCCUUCAUCUCUCGUGAGGUGAAAGUCAGCAUUGAGGGAAGGUCAAAUAUUGGCAAGUGAAGGCCAGCAGGACAUAAAUGACCAUUGGAACUUGGAAAUAAAAAACAUCAAUGGAUUCUACAAAAAAUGAAUGCCCACAUUAAUGUCUCAUUUGUUUUGGUUUCAAAGUUUUCUGUUUUUAUUUUUCUAUCUUAAAUACUGUACUGUAGAGGUUAACGUACCCUACUCGGUGUCACCUUACAUUAAGUCCAUGUACUUUAUAACACAUUUUUAUCGUUAGGUUUGAUAUCACACAAGCAAUUAGUGCUGAUUUGGAAGUUUUCAUGAGAAAAGAGAUUUGUGUUUUUAAUGUUUAGAGUUGGCUGUGCGGCACACUCGUGCAAUGCUUGAUGGCUCUUCUUGGCUGGCUACACAUAAUUUAUAUUGCUAAUUUAAUUAGCACACAAUUAGCUGUUAUCCCUGUCUCGACGAAAAAUACUUUCCCCCAACUUGUUGACUCACAAGAAAUGAUGCAAUGUCAGCUGAGCCUGGGCAUGAAGGAUUUGUGGGAAAAUCAUUAAAGAAAAUUCUAAAUCAGACUUAGGGUUGGAAGAAAAAUAAUUCUUCUUGUCUAAAGUAUAAAAGAAUCAAUUGUUGCAGUGUCAUCAGGGUGUGCCAGACAUUUAAACCUUGCCAGUGAGGUCAUCAGGUGGUGCCCCGUGUGCCCAACAAUAGAAGGAUAACAACACUCACUCUGUUCAGCUUAAUUACAGUUUCAUUUUGCAUUUUAUUUUUUCUCCUUAACCCUUCAUCCUCUAUCUCUUCAGAUAGUUGUUUUCAAUGAUUGUCAAAAAAAAAAAACUUUAAUCAGGGGUCAUUUAGUCCAAGAAUGAACCUAUAUGUUGGUCAAUGUUCAUGUAAAAAAAAUGUGAGAUACCCGAACAUUACACAAACAAUUGCAUUCACACUGGGUUGGCAAACUUCAAUUUAAGAGGAAGACUUCAUACAAUCCUCAUCUUUUUGGAUGAAUUGCUUUAUAUAUUUUUGUAUUGUGAUUAGAAAAGGCUGCGUGAGAGGAACCGAGAAGAUUCUGCGUGUCAGUUCUGAGAGGGUCGAGAUGUUUCAUAGCACUUAAAAAAGAAACCUGUAACACUCACCAUACAGCCGAGAAAAUUGAUGUCUCUUCAUUUACGCAGUACUGUAUGUUUUUAUUUUUUAAUUUUUUUUUCUGUUCAGACGAGGGGGAGAAAGUAGCAGCAGCACUUUGGAGAGGUGAGGCUUUUUAAAGAAGUAAAAGGGGGUCGUAGGAAUGGAUGUGCCAUGGGAUUUUCUAAGAAAGGGAUGAUUUUGGCAGGUUUAAGUAGAUGGUUAGAGGAGAAAAAUUGCGAUAAAAAGGAAUAAGAAAUAACAGUUUAUAGCAUGUGCACUAGCUUGCAGUGCUAAAGCUCUGGGAAAGUAUCGAAAUGUGUCUCGAAAGUUUCCAUUUAAACGAAGAAAAAGGCUUUGAAACAAACCCAGUGAUGUUUGAAUUCGAUCGAGAGCGUUGGUGUUGGGAGCGCACGCCACAGAAUACUGAAGGGUGUCAUAAAUUUGUUACGUUUGCGUGACUGUGCCAGAGUGUGUGCGACGCGGGUCUGUGUCUGACUGUACACACACACGUACACUUACACAAACACACAAACAGUACAAACAAUCUCUGAAACUCAACGCGCAGUAUUUGUUGAGACUAGUUGACUGACGUUGGAUUAAUGCACACAGCUAACAGUACAGUGUGUUUAUGUAAGUGUGUGCGUUAGUGUAUGAGUGUGUGUGAACUAGUGUAUAGGAAAGGAGACACUUGUAUGAUAUAUAGACAGUGCUAAAUGUCCAGUGUUUCCACUUGGAGUUGUACUUAAGAAAACCUUGCAAUUUGCACAUCAGGAGGAGGAAGAGAAAUGUAAUUUUUUUAUAAACUGCCCUGCCUUGAAACGAGCCAGAGACCACCUAAACACACUGGAGGAGAGCAGGGUCAUUUUGUUCCUCGCAAGCCACUCAUCAGCUUGUCGAGGAGAUGUUUCUCAGUGACACACUUAAUGUCAAACAACAGUUGAGUUUUUAGGAACAAAACCCAUUGAUAAAACCAGGAUUUUCAUCACGUGCCUGUCUACUGAAUUUCCUGGCAUUAGUGGAAGAAACACUCGUUUUCAUGAGUCAUGUUUCCUUGCUGUUGAGGGUGUAGGGGACUAGGAUUCAGUUUUGAACACGGCCUGUGCAUUUAGCCAUCAGUUGUUUUUUUUUGAAGAUGUAGCAGUUACCUCAACAGACAUGUUUUGCUUAGUUGUCCAGGACUGAGCUUUCUCUCUAGUAUUGGUUGAAAUUGGCAGGUUUUUAAAUCUCGGCUAAUCGACUCGUGGUCAUGCAUGUAACAGUCUAUGAAAGUCUAUGCUCAGCUGUUAGCUUAGCAUGUUGUGAAAGUUCUGGCACAGUUGUGUUGUACAGGCGGUAGAGACGCAGUCAUAUCUGUUGAGAUUUCUACUCGGCUUCUGUCUUCAUUUAUUGGCAGAGGUUAUUUUCUUGUGGUUCACAGUGUUGUCGGGUUGCCUCAAAGAUGUGGAUGGGUCCCUUUUUUUUCAUCCCACUGAUAAUAUUAGCUGUGUUUGGCAGUGCUGUUUCAGGUGGCUGGGUGAUGCUCAGAUGGAUGUAGAAUUGAUGAGUAGGUGGAGUAGUUGGGGGCAGAUGGAGGGUUAUGGUGAGUAAGUGUGAGAUUUGAAAAUGCUUUAUUUUUUAUAAUAAAACAGGGUUCGUCAGAUCAACUUCAUCGCAGGAGUUUAUUUUAAUUUCUUCCUUUUCCUAUUGAAACAACGUCAUCAUUAGUUGUACAAACAGCCGAAUGUGUGUUUGUGUGUGUGUGCAUCCAAAUAGUGUGUGUGUCUGGUUGUGUGUUUUGUAACUGUUCUGUACAUGUCUCUUUUUUGUCCAACCCCCUUUCUGACAUUUUUUGAAGCAGAACCACAACAUGUUAACAAACAUGUCAGACCAUGAAACUUUUAUUUUGAGUUCAAACACAAAAAGACUUCUUCUGCCAAAGCCAAGUGAAACUGUUGUUACUUUAGAAAGCAAUAGAAAGAAAAUAUGCAGGCUCUCACAUUGUUGUAUAAGGGGAUUACAAACACACAUGCACACACACACAAACAUAGUCAUUCCACUCAAUUUUUUUCUGCAAUAACCAUUUAAUAAUAGUCAUCUAGAAUUAAAACCAAAACAAUUAAAACCUUUUCUUCCUGCAGAAAAAAUACAAUCUCACCAUAGUCCUACAAAUAUCUUUUUUAUUAAUUAUCUAAAAGAGCUAGAGCUAGCAUCAGUCCUCUUAUCAUACAGUACAUUUAAAUCUUAAGUACAUUUCAUCUUAAGAGAUUGCAGUUGCAACAUUAGUUGCCAGUUUUUUCAGGGAAGUGUCUUGUAUAUGCAGUAACCGAAAUAUAACCCCACAAAACCUCCGCAGUCCCAGCUGGUCAGAGGACCUCUUUAUUGAUGUUUCAGGUACCCAAUCAUAGCCAGCCAGCCUCGCAAGCAACUCCUCCUGAGGCAAACCAAUCAAUUUACCCUCAACAACCGUUAGCUACCUUUCUGUGCGGCCUGGUCUGGACUGCCUGUUCCCUCCUAAAUUCACAAAGCUUUUUAUAUUUGGCCUCCUUUUCACUACUGGCUUAAACUUAUGUUUUAAGAGGAAAUGCAUGCUUUAAUAAUAGACUAUAUGAAACAAAGCAAUCAGAAAUGUAGACACAUUGUGAAUGCAGAGAAGGAGCAGCACUUUUUACGAGUGUUUUGGUCUAGAUUCAACUUGAUAAGAUUUUCCCAAGUUCAACCAUUUAACCCCUCUUGAGAUAUACCACAAUGUGCAAUACUUACAUUAUGUUUUCACCCUUUGCUGUGCCAAGUGUUAGUAGCAUAGUCCUACUCCAGUGUCUCCUUCCUGUUAAAGGCUUGUGUGUUUGUCUGUCUGUCUAAGUGUGUGUGGCAUCUUUCAAAUGAGAGUCAGGAUGUUUGUGAAGAGAAACAAAAAGAGUUUGUGUGUAACCUUUUUCCCCCCUGUCCUUGCGGCCUUCCUCAAUUUGAGAGCAUGUGUCAUGUCUCCUUGGGUGUACAUGUUUGUGUGUGUGACCUGUGGGUGCGUGUGAGUAUGUGUGUGUACCGGAUUGUUUCCUCUUCUACUCGUCUGUGAGAUCAUGACCUUCAAUGGUUCACAGUGAGACCCACAGAGAAAAAAGAAACCUCAUUGCUAGUGGGGACCACUUUUUUUUGUAAAAAAGAAAAAAAAAGAAAAAGAAAAAUGGAAAAAAAAAACAGAGAUGCACAUGUAAGUAGAUUUAAAAGACUUGAUAACGUUUCAGCACUUUCUUAUCCUAGGUUGGGCUCGGUCCUACCCCCUCUGUCUCAGACCGAAACCUUCCUUAGGAGUAACAUUCAUUCGAAAAAAAACAGACAGAGAGAAUGAGAAUGAAAAAAGGGGGGUGAAUAGGGAUGAAAAAGAGAGAUGGUUUAAGUUUAAGUUUUUGCACAUCACCUUGCGGUAACCUUGUGUUUUUGUAUCUGUGCUCCAUCUCGAUUGGCGCCCGACGUGUUCUUGGGUCCAACGGGCCGAGGUGUUUGGUGGUUCCUUGGUUCUUUUCUUCUAGGAAAACCUUUACUCAUGGAAUACAUCCCUUCUUUUUUGUGUUUGGGUUUGUUUGGAACCUUUUCCACCCUACACCAACCAGACUGUGCAGUUUAUUAUAAGGUUUAGUUAUGUUCCCAAAUUUGAGUUCUAAUUCGACAAAAGUGUCUGUAGGCUGUUAAGCAUGGCUAGGUUUGGUUGUGCGGUGUGAAAACGGUGCAUAACAAACUUGGCUUUUUUUGCAUUGUCUUUGGUGCAGGAGCUUUUCUGUGUUUUUGGUCUCCUUGUAGCACUCAUUAUAAUGUCAGGGGACUUAAAAACUAUGUAGAGAAUGUGUCAUUGUUGAGUUUUUAUGACAAGCUUCCUCAUCAGAGGAACACAGCUAAUGUCUUUUUUUUUUUUUAAAUUGGCUUCUUGCACAAUUACAAAUAAAUGAAUGUUGGUGUGUGAGCUUUGACUUUUCGAUCAGAAAAAAAGGCAUGUGUGCUCUUUGUUUUCUUGAUGUUUGUACUUUAAUUUUUGCAAAAAAAAAAAAGGAUGUGUUUUUGGCACUUUGUCGUGUUUUAAAAGUGAACAGAAUUCGAUCAGGAUUCCAUUUUUCUCUCUUUUUUUUUUCUUUUUUUGUAUGACGUCUUCAAUGUCCAUAGCGCUGGAUAACCAACUCAGGCAGAAAGAAGAAAAACCCGUAGAGGCCCACGUAACAGUGUAGUUUCACCCCAAUCAAAUUGCAUAGUGGGCUGGUUAAAAUGGGUUAUAAGUUAUGUAAAUGUAUUACAUACAAUUUGAUAUGAUUAACAAAUGACUAUUAACUAUGAAUUAUUAUUAUAAUACUCUGUGUAUUAUGCUGAGGACGGCUUGGAUUACUCUUCAGUGUACUUUGUGUUCUGCCUCUGUGCAAAGCCACAAACACUUCAACAGGGGACAGGCUGUAUUUCUCGUGACUUUUGAACCCUGCCCACUGCCACGGAUGGGGUGGAGCUUAACUGUCAGCUGUGCUUCAUUUUAUCCCCCCUCCCCAAACCCCCUGUUCUGAACACUCAGCCCUGUGGCUAACAACCAGUCUGUCUAGAUGUUUCUCUGUGACACCAAGUAAAGAACUGAGACUUUUUUGGCCCGUGGGCCGUUGGCAGAAAAUACAUCAGCACAGACAUGCAUGUCUGGCCUGCAGGGGGCAGCAGCAGCAGAUCCCAGCCAACUUGUUUGUACUAUAUUGUACUCACCAAGUCCCUCUGUCUCACCACCCCUUUCCUCUAUAGCAAUGGAGAAACCCUGUAGGUGUAUGUAUUUGACAUCUGUACAAAUGCACCUCUUUGAAAAAGAAAAUGAAACCUUGACAUAUCUGGAAUCAA